AUGCAUCAAUUAAUUUUUAUCGUUCUUUCUGUUGCUAUUAUACAAUUGAGCUGCGCCUGCUACAUAACCAACUGUCCUAUUGGUGGCAAACGAAGUUUAUUAUUAGGCAACAAUUUAAUUAGCCAUCAAUGUCCACGCUGUGGACUGAAUGGUCAAUGUUUUGGUUCAUCAAUUUGUUGCACUGGUUUAGCUUGUCCUGUAUCAAAUGGUCGAUGUGCUGCUAAUGGAGUUUGCUGUAGUGCAGAUUCAUGCCAAAUGGAUAAAAGCUGUUUGGUAUCAAAUCAAGAAAGGGAUGAUAGCUCACGUGAAGAUUAUCUAGCACAAGCGGAAAUCAUGCUUUUCGAAUGA